UAGAUCACAUCCGGGGUUGGUUUAUUCUAAUCUGUAACGCAAUUACCCGGAAAAAAGGAGACACACACACACACAUACAAAAAAAAAUGUGUAACGAAACAGACAAACUGUCUUGCUGUGCACGUUCUGUAGAGUAAACACAAAAUGACACGUUAAUUUACUGUAAUCUAGUUUCAAAUUGUUAUUCUACGCUGCCUUUAUCAGCACUUCGGAACAUUCUCACACACCCCGAACGCUAUUGGGUAAUGACAGAGAGACAGGAAUGCCUUAUGUCGAUCGUAUUAAUCGUGUCUGUGGCUUUCUGGAUAUUGAAGAAAAUGAAAAGUUCCAGCGAAGGUACUUCAUACUGGACACAUUGAAAAACUUCCUGCUGUGGUAUAUGGACAAUCCACAGAAUCUUCCCAGUGGGACAAAUGCUGUUGGGAGCCUUCAGUUGACCUAUAUCUCAAAGGUCAGUGAAGCAACUAUGAAACAGAAAUCGAAGACGGAAUUCUGCUUUGUAAUCAAUGCGUUGUCCAGACGCUAUCUCCUGCAAGCAAAUGACAAGAAUGAUCUUCGUGAAUGGGUGGAUGCUUUGAAUAAAGCCACAAAGAUUACAGUACCGAAAGAGUGCAGUAUCGCUCCUAAAACAGAAACCAGCAGAACCUCAGUGGAGCCCCAGAACAGAAAACAGCAGGUACCCUACAAGACAGCUGUCAUCGGAGGGGUGGUGGUGCACACCCCCAUCACUCAGAAGGAAGACGAGUCAGAGGGAGGGGAGUCUGGGUUUCACAGCAGCCUCAUUCGCUCACAGAGCCACGUGCCAUCUGUGGGGAGCAGGCUUGGAGUGCUGAAGAGCGGCUAUUGUGUUAAACAGGGCAAUGUGAGAAAGAGCUGGAAACGGCGAUUCUUCACGCUGGAUGAGAAUUCAGUCAGCUACUUCAAAUGUGAAAUGGACAAGGAUCCCCUCCGUGUGAUCCCUUUGAAGGAUGUGGUGAAGGUCCAUGAAUGUCUUGUCAAGUCCGGAGAUCUUCUGAUGAGAGACAAUCUGUUUGAAAUAACAACAAGUUCUAGGGUAUUUUAUAUUCAGGCAGAUAGUCCUGAAGAUAUGCACAGCUGGAUCAAGGCAAUCUCAGAAGCAAGACGGUCACCUCGGGGUUUUGGAAAGGAGGCAAGCUUCAGCCGAGGGUCCUCGCUAUACAGCAAGAACGGAGCCUCGUCCUCCAGCUCCCGUUUCAGACGAGGGGGCGAGGAGAAGCCACUCCUUGUGAAGUCUUCUUCUGUGGCCCCAUCCUGGCAGCCCUGGACCCCAGUCCCUUCGGCCGUCAAAACUGAGCUUUCUGUCGUGGAGGAGACGGCAGGGCAGUUCAGCUCGUUGCCCUUUGACCUGGGCUCACAACAGAAGGAGCUGGACUUGCAGGGCAAGCGGCGACGGCACCGAUCCCAGCCACAGGCCCCUAGCGACAAGGUCUUCCCUUUCAACCUGGACGAUGAUAGCAUCCGGACCACCGAUGUCUAGGGAAGAAGGAAUGCACUGGUUCCUGUUGUAUUUGAAGUUACUCCUUAAUCAACCACGAACAUGUUUGUCAAAAAAAGUGCCCUUUUAAAAUGAAGUAUAAGCGAUAAGUGCUAAGUGUUUAAAGGAAGGAUAAUCGUAUGGACUAUAUAAAAAAAAAAAAAACUGGCAAUAUCAUAGCAGCUUUUUCCAAGGUUGUAGCUACCAAAUCAAUAUCAUAAAUCAGGCAUAUAUUUCUACUCAAUGCAGAGGUCCAAAGGUUAUAGCAAGCAUGUCUUUUUAUUUAAACCAUAUCUGGUAGUACACUAGGGUAAAGCAAUGUGCUUGUGAGCCCUGCUUUAAACUAGAAUUGGUCAUUUCAACUAGAAAUCUUCCCUAUUUACCAACCAGCUGCCUCCUCUGCUGACUUGCAUGCUUUGGAGCUGGUAACAAAAUGAAAAUCCAUGUUUGCUAUAACCUCUGUUACUUUCAAAACUGCACAUUUGAAACCUAAAUAGAGUUGAAAUGCACAACAGGUAAGAUUUACUGAAUUAUUUUGCUAGCUACAGCCUCUUUAAACAUAAGCACCCAGGCGUGGAGAUGCGUCUUUAUAGUUAGAUAUACCAGGGAACCAGCGUAUCGAAGGAAGCCUCUGGCAGAGUUGACCCUUUUUGGUUUUUAAAAUGCUUGUGCACACUGAACACUCCGCGCACCUCUCUGUGUCUGUCAGUCUUUACAGCAGCACCAGCAAAACAAAAACCCUUUGCACUAGGAAACUAUUCUAUCUAAAGUGUAGGAAAAUGUUGAUCCUUAUCUGUGCUACUUUAAGAUACUCAUUGAUUUCUGUGUCUUCUGGAAGAUUCAAAGGCACUGACACUGUUGUCUAGUUGAAAUCAGACCUACAGCAGAGGAAGUUGAGUCAUAACCUUUAAUUCUACAAAUCUUGAAUUAACAAAUACCAUACAAAAAGCUCUACGGCCAUAAGGGCUCUAGUAAUAACGUGGCUUUCGUUUAAAAAUGUUGUUUAGCAUCACUCCCAGGUAGUUAUUCAGUCAUGUUAGAGGUGUGUCGGUUUCCUUGACUACAGUCCCACUCAGCAUUAAUUAAAUACAAUUUAACAAACAGUGCUUAGAAAGCCAUAGCACGAGCGGUCAGCCACACUCACAAAAUGCACAAGUGUCUGUUCAAUUAAUUUAAAAGCUUUAAAGGGAAGUCAAAUUACACGUUUGGUCCGCCACGUUCUAGAUCCUCUGAGUAGACCUUGCAGUUACAGCACAUAAUGGCUCGACUAUACAGCGAAUAGACCUCAACACACAUGCAUUAGAGUACCACUGUCACAGCCUCCAUCUCAGUCUUACACAGGACAGCCUAAUAUUCUUGUAUUUCAUUGAAUAUACCUUUUCUUGGAAGAUGGGUGCCUGUAAGGUGGGAAGAUUGGAAUUACAAUUUUUAUAAAAUAUGUAGGCAACAUAUUAAACAUAACUUUACAGGUAUGAAGUGCAUUGAUAACAUAAGGCGUCAAACUUUCUUUGCCUGCAAUUAUCUCUGUUGAUAUACUAUUUUACACUGAUAACUGAUGUGGCAAUUAUAGCCUUUAUAUAUUGACAACAGUGUACAAUAUUGUAUGUGGAAGUUUGAACCCUGUGAUAUUCAUACAUUUCUUACCCAUAAUGUCUGUUUAGCAUAAAACUAAAGUUUAAGACAAACCGGAUAUUGUAUUGAAGAGAAUGCAAGUAUACAGGCUACACUAAAUGCUGUAAUGAAAUAGUAUUUGGCCUCUUGCCUCUUAGUGAGACAAUUGGCAAUAGAUAUUUUUGUGGAGAUGCAAGUCUGGGGGCAUCUUUACACUUAGAGAAGAGCUUGAUGAAGGAAAGUUAGUACAGGCACGAUAAACCAGAUGGAUAUAGAAUUACAUAUAGAAUUUUGAAAGAUGUUACCUAUCAAUUCUGUUCAAAUUGUCUUCAAUUUCUUACCUUUUAGGCAUAAAUGAAAAAAAAAAACAGUGAAAAUCGGUACAAAUAAUUUAUUUACAUUUUUUAGAGAAUAUUUAACAAAUAUUGUAGACAGGCAAUCAACCCCAAUAUAUUCACAGAGCAGCAGUGUUAACCCUUUCAACACUGCAGCACUUUAUACAGUACAGAUCUGGGAAAGACAAUAUGUCUUCAAAACUGCAGACCGCUAUUACAGUACAGGAAAGAAAAUUCUGUUCAAAACAGCUGAAUUGACACAUCACAGGAAAUCAACUUGAACCCUACAAUUCCAAAUGUGCCUUU